AUGGCCACGCCCCUGCUCGACGAUCACCCCGUCUCUACCACCCUCAAGGCCCACGACCCUCCCAGCGCAAACGCCGAUAUCGCCGUCCCUUGCAGUGCUACAACAAUUUCCUAUCCUGAUCCCCCGGUUGUUACACCCGAAGACCAGACAGCCGCGGAAAUUGCCGCACCGACUGCCGGUACUGCCGCAGGGACGGUCGUGAUCGUCUAUGGCCAGAACCAAGAGCAUAUCGUGCAGCUGGUAGCGGAGGUUCUGGGCAAGCCAUGGAUAACGGACGCGUCACUUGGGAUACUUGCGCGAGCCAGCAAUGCAGUCGUAGCAGGAAUCUUAGCGCAGGAUCUAGUGGUCAGCUUGCAAGGAUGUGAGCGGUCAUCUCUGGUUCUAGUGAACACGUAUUGUGUGGAAGACGGGUCUGCUCCGGAAGACUCGCUCUCCGAGGGCUGUGACUAUGAGUUCUUAUAUUCGCGGAGUCCGUUCCUGCGCCGGGAUCUGUCACGGUUUUUAUCUUUGAUUCUUGGUCAGACGAGGCCACAUGAUGAUUUGCGGACGAAGACGAGGACAAAUUUCAUCUCGACGACUUUUCCGGAUGUGCAUGCUGCCUUACCAAAUCUGGAUAUCCUGUCUGUGGGAUCUGAUGCUGUUGAGAUUCGUGUCGAUUUGCUGGUUGAGCCUGCCCCGGAGGAUUCGAUCACUCCGCCUGUUCCGAGUUUGAAGUAUGUUGGUCAGCAGGUGAUGUUGUUGCGGCAGCAUACUGAAUUGCCGAUUAUCUUUACUAUUCGUUGUACGAGGGAGAAUGGAAAGUUCCCUGUAGAUGACCCUGCGCUCUUUUACAAGUACCUGCGGCGAGCGAUACGGUGGGGAGUCGAGUAUAUCGAUGUGGAACUAUGGCUGCCUGAGGAGAUCCGGCGCCAGCUGUUUGAGGAAAAGGGCCAUAGCAUGAUUUUAUCUGCAUUCCAUGACUUCUCUGGGACCUGGAAGUGGACAUCUGAAGAGGCACAGCGCAUCUUUACGGAAAGUGCCAAAUAUGCCGACAUCGUAAAGAUGAUCACCAUGGUCCACACAAUCGAGGAGAACUAUGAACUAGAAUACUUCCGCUCUACCAUCAAAAGCCGUGGCUCAGGCCCACUCCUGUCAGCAGUCAACAUGGGCCAAAUGGGCCAGCUAUCUCGAGCCCUCAACACCGUUUUCUCUCCAAUCACCCAUCCCCUUCUUCCAAUGAUCGCCGCCCCGGGCCAGUUAACCGCAGCGGAGAUUAACGAAGCCCUACACAUAAUGGGCCAACUUCCCAGACGUGACCUCUACGCCAUCGGCUCAUUCCGCUCAACCCCACAUUCAAUGUUCAUGGAAAAAUGCCUGAAUGAGCUCGGUCUCCCGCACAACUUCACCUUAGUCGACCGUGGCCUAAAAGGUUCCAUGGAAUCGGUCCUUUUACAACCGCACUUUGGCGGCGCCUACGUCAAUCCCCCAGUACCAAGCACAACUGCUUUCAUUCCCGCAGUUAGCGAUGCAGCCCGCGCAAUAGGGCUAGUCGACACAAUUGCCAUGAUACCGGGCGAAGUCGCACCAGGAACAUCCCGAUUCAUCGGCGAAAACGCUGCCUGGAAGGGUAUCCGCGCAACGCUGACGCGUGAAUAUGUGCCAUCCGCAUAUAACAGCCGAGCGGCGAUCAUCCUAGCCGGCUCGGAAGCAGUCGCUUCAGCGGCGAUAUUCGCACUACGCAGUCUGGCCAUUGGAACAAUCUACACAGUCGGGUUUAAGGCGAAUGGCCCGCUUGCUGCGGGUCUUGAGCCGUUUACCUCCAUUCAGUCUGUCCAGCGGGUCGAGCAGCCCUUUGUGAUUGUCUCUGCGCUACCGCCAGAGAAAUCGCUGCUUGUGCAGCCUCUGCUGAGACAUUAUGGCGUUAAUGGCCGUUCGUCGCCGCGUUCCACUCGUGGGAAAGUUUAUCUUGAUCUCACGAGUGGGCCGAGGAAAGGGGAUCCGUUGGCUGUUGCUACUAGUGCCGGAUGGACGGCAUAUGGGGUUGAAGAUGUCAGUGCUUGGACAACUGUUGAGACGCUAAGGCUGCUUGUUGGGCAGAAUGUGCCGUUUGACUUUGUGCGCAUGGCGUCUGGGAGGCCCUUGUUCUAG